AGCACAAGCAGUACCCUGCUGGGCUGCCUGCAAGCAGCUAGUGUCCACCGCCAGAAACUAGCUAGCUAGCUAGCAUGGGUCGGCUGGCGGCGGCGCUGGCCGCCGUGGCGGUGCUCUGCGUGACCUUGGCGGCGGGAGCGGAGGUGGUGGACGAGUUCGGCGGCGGGGCGUCCUUCAUCUUCGGGGACUCGCUGGUGGACGCCGGCAACAACAACUACAUCCCGACGCUGUCCCGGGCCAACAUGACCCCGAACGGCAUCGACUUCGCGGCGUCGGGCGGGGCGCCCACGGGGCGGUUCACGAACGGGCGGACCAUCGCGGACAUCAUCGGCGAGAUGCUGGGGCAGGCGGACUACUCGCCGCCGUUCCUGGCGCCCAACGCGACGGGCGGAGCCAUCCUGAACGGCGUCAACUACGCGUCGGGCGGCGGCGGGAUCCUGAACGCCACGGGGAAGGUGUUCGUGAACCGCAUCGGGAUGGACGUCCAGGUGGACUACUUCAACGUCACGAGGGGGCAGCUGGACGCGCUGCUGGGCAGGGACAGGGCCCGCGAGUUUUUGAGGAGGAAGGCCAUCUUCUCCGUCACCGUCGGAUCCAACGACUUCCUCAACAACUACCUCAUGCCCGUGCUGUCCACGGGCACGAGGAUCCGCGAGUCGCCUGACGCCUUCGUCGACGACCUCAUCUUCCACCUCCGGGACCAGCUCACGAGGCUGUACACGCUGGACGCGCGCAAGUUCGUGGUGGCCAACGUGGGGCCGCUGGGCUGCAUCCCGUACCAGAAGACCAUCAACCGAGUGGGCGAGGACGAGUGCGUGAAGCUGCCCAACCAGCUGGCGGCGCAGUACAACUCCCGGCUCAGGGAGCUCAUCAUCGACCUCAACGCCGGCCUCCCCGGCGCCAGGUUCUGCCUCGCCAACGUCUACGACCUCGUCAUGGAGCUCAUCACCAACUACCCCAACUACGGGUUCCAGACGGCCAGCGUGGCGUGCUGCGGCAACGGCGGCUCGUACGACGGGCUGGUGCCGUGCGGGCCGACGACGAGCCUGUGCGACGCCCGGGACAAGCACGUGUUCUGGGACCCGUACCACCCAAGCGAGGCCGCCAACGUGCUGCUCGCCAAGUACAUCGUCGACGGCGACUCCAAGUACAUCUCCCCCAUGAACCUCAGGAAGCUCUACUCCCUCUAGCUGCACGUCCGACGUCCGGACGACCAUUUCAUUUGCCAUUUGGCCGGCCGUCCACGUCGACCCACCUUUGCACUUGCGCGUUCCCGGCGUGUGCAGCGCCAACUGUGUCGUGUGCGGUGUGUACUGCAUGCGAACUGUAAUUUUUGGGUGCGAGGAAAUUAAUUUUAGCAUGCAAUUUCGAUCGUAUGUAUGUAACUUGUACCGUAUCCAAACAAUUAAACUAAAGACAUCGAAUCCAAGGACACACA